AUGGUAGCUACACGAGGACAAGCAUCUGCAACCCAUUCGCAUACAAAGGCGGACCCAGCCGGCACCAAAGCCGGCGCAAAGCGCGAUAACGACGAGGUUGACGCUUCUUCGGUUACCAAAGCGGAGCCGCAGCAGCAAGAGCCCGACACUAAGAAGCCCAAGACCACCGCCUCGGACAAGACCGAGUGCAUCCUCGAAUCUCAGCAAUCCCAGCUCGAGUCCUUCUCCGAUACCCUCACCUGGCUUCACUCUGACACUGCUUGGUUGCUCGCGCACCCGGACAUCCCCGACGGCAAGGGGGAGACCGAUGCGGCAGCCGAAGGAGACAAAACUGUUCGUACACCUCCUGAGCCCUACGUCAACAAGCGGUCCGGUGCCGACUCUGACGGUUAUCUGUCGUACCCCAACUCAGACCUCACCCCUUUCCAAACGCUGCUCUGCGCCAUACUGCUGAGCAAGCCCAUCUCGCAUCGUCUCGGUUUGCGAAGCAUCGAAACGCUGCUCAACAAGCCGUACUUGUUCCGCACCACUCAAGACCUCCUCGACGCCGGAAACCAAGGUCGUAGAGCAGCGUUGUGGGAAGCCAGAACCCAGCAUAAGGAAAAGACUGCCGUUCAGCUUGGCAAUCUCGCUGAGGGCAUCACAGCUCUAUGUGACGACGCUCAAGACAAAAACGAUGCGCACGACAACCUCGGACCCAUCCUCGAAAAAGCUUUGUCAAAGACCAAAAACCGAGACGACUCGUUUGAAGUGGCAGACCAAGUCAAGACAAUUCUCACCCAACAAAUCAACGGUUUGGGUCCCGGUGGAGUAGAUAUCUUCCUCCGUCGAAUUCAGUCUCAGUGGCCUCAAGUGUUUCCUUAUGCCGACGAGCGAGCUCUCAGUGCCGCAGUCAAAUUCGACCUCAUUUCUCAAAGCGAUCUGGACAAGGGCACACAACAAGCGGCACAGAAGCUGGCCGAAAACGUUGCUGAACACGUCGGUUUCCCGUUCGAGGAGGCCAAGGGAGACAAUGAAGAGGCAGAAUGUGGAAGAUGGUGGUUCGUCCGAACGCUGGAUGUACUAAUUGGCUUGGACGUCGAAAAGAAGAUCGACGAGGCUGCUAAGCAGGCCACCGUGCCAAAGUGA